GAAGCAACCCAAAACACACCUCUCGCGCCGUCGGUCGAAAAGGCCUACUACAGAAAGUGCAUCGAGCUCAAGCGCCGCCUCAACGACGUCGAAGAAGCCAACGAUGCCGCUCGUCAGCGCAAAGCCCGCUUGAACAGAGCAAUCAUGAAGAUGCGCCUCGAACGCGCUUUCCUGCUCGAGCAACUUGCAACCCGCCUGCAAAACACUACCGAUGGGCCUGGCAAAGCUACAAACAACAACACCAACAAU